UGUAUAAACCCAGGGCAGAUUGGUCUCGGUUCUCUCUAUGCACCAUGGAGCGUUAUCUGUGCUCUUUGUUUUUGUUGGGGACCCUGGCCCUGCCCGAGACCUGGGCAGGCUCCCACUCCCUCAGGUAUUUCGACACCGCGAUGGCCUCGCCCGAGCUUGCGGAGCCGCGGUAUAUCUCUGUGGGCUACGUAGACGAUCAGCAGUUCGUGCGCUUCGACAGCGCCAGUGCAAGUCAGAGAGAGGAGCCGCGGGCUUCGUGGAUGGAGCGGAUGGAUCAGGAGGACCCGGACUACUGGGAGCGGAACACGCGGAUCUCCAGGGGGAACGCGCAGGUUUUACUAGAGGGCCUGCAGACCCUGCGCGGCUACUUCAACCAGAGCAAUGGCGGGGUCCACACCAUCCAGAUUAUGUUCGGCUGCGAGGUCUCCCCGGACCUCACCUUCAAGCGCGGGUUUCAACAACACGCCUACGACGGUCAAGACUACAUCACCCUGGACACGGAGGCCUCCAAGUGGAGGGCGGCGGUGCCCGCGGCUGUGAACACCAAGCGCAAGUGGGAGGCGGACAGGAGCAUCGCCGAGGGAUAUAAAGCCUACGUGGAGGAGACGUGCGUGCCGUGGCUGAAGAAGUACCUAGAGAUGGGGGAGGAGACGCUGAAGAGGGCAGACCCGCCCGCAGUCCGAGUGACCCGCCGCGCUGGCCCCCACGGGGAGGUGACCCUGCGGUGCCGGGCCCAGGACUUCUACCCCGAGGACAUCUCCCUGACUUGGCUGAGGGAUGGGGAGGAGCAGCUCCAGGACACGGAGUUCAUUGAGACCAGGCCUGCGGGAGACGGGACUUUCCAGAAGUGGGCAGGUGUGGACGUGACCUCGGGCCAGGAAGAGAAAUAUACCUGCCGAGUUCAGCACGAGGGACUGCCUGAGCCCCUCACCCUGAAGUGGGAGCCAGAGUCCUCAUACACCCUGGUCAUUGUGGGGGGCAUUGCUGUCCUCAUCGUCAUCACUGCAGUCAUUGCUGGAGUUGUGCUCUGGAGGAAGAAGACUUCAGGUGGAAAAGGAGGGGACUAUGUUCCUGCUGCAGGCAAUGACAGUGCACAGGAGUCAGAUGUCUCCCUCACUGACAAAGCUUCAGAGAAUUACCCGGUACGCACCUGAGGAAGAAAACCAGUCUCCAGUCCCUGUGCUGUUCCUGUGGACCCCUGGCUUCUCUCCCCAGCACCAGCCCCUGGGAUCCUCCCUGGACUCUACUGGGCCAAGUCCAGGGCAGCAUCAUUAGGCCCUCACCCUGUUCUCUAAGGCCUCCCUCCCCUGCCUUCUUUCU